AUGGCUGACAAAAUGUCUAUCUACUCGCCGUUGUCGGCCAAAGUUACAAACGUGGAACCAUUGGAACCAGAGGAAUCGCGAUGGAUCACACUGAAGAAAAUCUCGUACGAUGAUCCCUCAGGCGAGCAGAGAACAUGGGAGUCUGCAGAACGACUGACAAGACCAACGAACUCAGAGAUCGACGCUGUGGGCGUCAUCGCGAUCCUCAACGAUCCCAAUACCUCAAGUGGGCCUUCUUUACUCCUCCAGAAACAAUUCCGGCCUCCGGUCAACAAAGUCACGAUCGAAAUUCCCUCAGGAUUGAUCGACGCGGGCGAAGACCCCGCGACAGCUGCGCUGCGCGAACUGAAAGAAGAGACGGGCUACAUUGCUACAAUACCUACGGACGCGAAGGCUGCAGAGGGAUUUCUCAUGUGGAAUGACCCCGGGUUUUGCAACACGAACACGAAAAUGAUCUUCGUCGAAGUCGAUAUGUCGGAUCCGCGCAAUCAAGAAGGCAAUUUGAAGACUGAGCUGGAGGAGAAUGAAUACAUCGAGUGUUUCAGCUUGCCGCUGGAUAAUUUGUGGACUGGCCUGACUGAGCUGGAUAGACAAGGGUUCGCGAUUGACGCGAGAGUCGGCACGUUGGCACAGGGAGUGGAAAUGGCGAGGAAGUGGAAAGAGGUCUUCACAAAGAAGCCAUCGUAG